GCACAAUUAUUUUUUUAAGCAUUCGUAACACUUUAACACAUAGAAUCUCAUAUUUUCGCUUGACAUAUGUAAUGGCUCGCCCAGUCGCUUAUUUAACAAGAAAAGAAGUAAUAUCCAGCUGUCACCGUUUACACAAUGAAAACUUAACUGAGGAGGAUAAUAAAAAUAUAUACGGAAAAUGUAACAACUAUUGGGGGCAUGGUCACAAUUAUACAGUUGAAGUUACUGUAUGUGGACCUGUGGAUUCUGUAACAGGUAUGGUCAUGAAUAUAUCAGAUUUAAAAUUAUACAUGAAGAAAGUGUUGAUGGAUCAAUUGGACCAUAAGAAUUUAGAUAAGGAUGUACCUUAUUUUAAAAAUGUUGUUUCUACUACUGAAAAUGUGGCCAUUUAUAUUUUUAAUGAAUUGAAAAAAAUAAUGCCAAAUCCAGAUCUUUUGUAUACAGUUAAGAUCUAUGAAACUGAUAAAAAUAUUGUUAUUUAUGGAGGAGAACUAGAUGGUUAA